AUGUCAGCAGUACAGAUAGAGCCCUCUGAGUCCCAUCUUGAAGGAGCAGUAAGGGAGUCUGCUGCCAGCCUGGCAGGAACGUCUGCGGAGAAAGUGGACGCUGGAGUUGAAGUUGCUGUGGCAUCUAUCAAAUCCGCUGAUACCGAAUCAUCUGAAGCGAAGUCAGAAGAGAUGCUGCUGCUGCCGCCGCCUUCCAGUGUGGAGAAAGAAGGUAAUGCUGAACCAGAGUUGUCCGAGUCUGCUGUUGGCUCUGGAUCAGAGAAGGAAGUUAAAGAGAAAGAUGAAGAGUUCUCUGCUCCUGCCCUUGAACCACCAGAAGAAUUGUCCGAUGUGGGCGAGGCGGAAGAUGGGCCGUCACAUUGUGCUGUGAAGUUGGCAGCAGGGGAAACGGCGGGGGCCAUCCCUGAAGUGGUACCCCCUGAUUCUGACGCAGCUUCGGUGGAGAUGGUGUCAUCUGUUGUCACACAAACAAACAAGUUGGAUGCUCCUGAAAAAAACCCUGUUUCUGACACUGUGAAAACCGAACAUGAAAUGCCUGUAACUCCGAUCACAGAGAAGAAACCUGUACUUAAAACUGAGUCGGCCAUGGAGAAGAGACUGGACACAGCUGGAGCAGACAGAGAAAUGAAACCAGAAGAGUCUGUGCUCCAAGUUGGAAUUGCUGCGGAGGAGAACCCUGAAAAGCUUUUGGUCAAGACUGGGGCAGAGACAGAGAAGAAACUUGAAAAAUUUGUGGCCAAGGUUGGGGCUGCUGUGGAAAAUGCUGCAAACGCUGUCAGUGAGAACAACGAGGGAAGUUUAAUCAAAGCCCAUCAAAAUAAAGGAACAGGACCUGCAAAAACUGACGAGACCUGCAAAGCAGUUACGUUAAACUCCUCUUUACCUGUCAAGGAAUCUUCCUCUGUUGGUAAAACAAUUUUAAAGGCAGUGGUGUCUCUUCCAGAUAUAUCAAAGUCAAGGGUUCCAGUACAGAGAGAUGAGCCUUCCCCGUGUAAAGGAGGGGAGCAGACAGCUCCCUCAAAACCUGAGACCCGAGGCCAAGCAGCAGCGGAGAAGAAAAUUGCAUCAAAAGAAGUGGGUCAUCCGAGACCUGGUAGCAGCCGUUCGAGCCUGGGAGAUGGCAGCGGCAAAUGUACGGUGAACAGAAGUUCUGUGGUUGAUGGAAAGGGAGGCAAUGGGAGGAAUUCAUCUCAGCAAGAGAAGGACUCACGAGUGGAAUCUAGGGCUAGUUCAAAACAGUCUCAAGAGGGAGAGAGUAGAUCAUCCAGCGUGAAGACAGACAACAGCAGCAAUAAGGCUUCUGUUGGUGGCAAUACUAAAGCUUCAAAAAGUGGCGCUAGCAGCAGUGCAAAACAAAAGGAGAUAGCAUGGGCUUUGGGAAGGAAAAGCAGGAAGAAGGUAAUAAAAAUCCAUAUUGAUGAGCUUGUAGAAGUAGAGUUACAGAAUCAGAUCAAAGACUUACCGGAUACUGACCAGUAUUUGAUGGAAGAAGAGCUGUUUCCAUUUAACCUGGAUGAAUUUGUUACUGUGGAUGAGGUCGUAGAGGAAAUUGAGUCUCCCGUUAAAACGCGGCGAAAUCCACUGAGGGGAAAGAGAAAAGACGGUGCUAAAACCAGCUCCUCUUCUGAGCCUAGUUCCAAGAGAAGGAAAGGGAAGAGCUCCAUGACACGCAUUGCUGAAAGCGAUCUCUCUUUUGUCACUCUGGAUGAAAUCGGUGAGGAGGAGGAGGAUGUGACUGCACAUGACCCGCAGGGCCUGGUUGUAGUGGAUGAAGUGAUGGAAGAGGAAGAACUUAUGUCGGAAGCAGUAAAAGAUCCACAGUCGCUUGUUACUUUGGAUGAGAUCUCUGAACAGGAGGACCUUAGUUCUCAUAAAGACGUCCCUCGGUCAGUUUUUGAGGAGCAGGAUUUGAAAGCUGAACCCUUGGUAACUGUCGAUGAGAUCGGCGAAGUAGAAGAGCUGCCUCUGAAUGAGCCUACGGACUUGAAUAUCGAGGAUGUGCUGAAACACAAGGAGGAGGAGAAAGUGGCUGCUGAGGAUACUGGAGAUUGUGCUUCCUCUCAGGUGCCUGAUGAUCCCAGUGCUCUGGUGACAGUAGAUGAAAUACAAGAGGACAAUGAAGAUAACCCUCUAGUGACUUUGGAUGAAGUUAAUGAAGAUGAAGAUGAUUUUCUGGCCGAUUUCAACCGUCUAAAAGAGGAACUAAACUUUGUUACAGUAGAUGAAGUUGGAGAGGAGGAUGAGGAAGAAGGACCAGAAGAAGAAGAAGAGAUUACUGCCAUUGCAGGACCAGAAGAGGAGGAUAUUGUUGCUGUUGCAGGACCAGAAGAAAUGGAAAUUCUAGGAGAUAUGAGUCCAGAAGAAGAAAUUAUUGCAAUCUCAAAGUCAAAAGAUCAGCUGGGAUCAGCAGAUAAAGAACCAGAGUCUAAGUGGAAGAAAGUGGCUUCUUCGGAUGUAUCAAAGACGCAGGGUACUCCAAAAGAUUUGGAUUACCUAGUUCCAAAGGCUGGCUUUUUCUGUCAGAUCUGCUCGCUGUUCUAUGCCGAUGAAACGUCUGUGAAAAAUCACUGCAAGACGCUGCUCCAUCAGCAAAACAUGGAGAAAUUCAUGGCUAAGCAGAAGGAUGAGGAUAACGAUGGGGAAGAGCCGAGUUCAAGGUGA